AUGGAUGCUAUCAUAUGGAAUGUUAGGUCAGUGAAUACCAUGCAGGCUUUUGAAAGACUGAUUCUCAUGCAUAGACAUCAUCACUUUGAAUUUAUAGGAAUUAUAGAGCCUAUGCAGCAGUCUAACAAAGUGGAGAGGUACAGGAAUAGAAUUGGUUUGGCACAGGCAGUGGUCAAUGUUUCAAACAAAAUAUGGGCUUUCAUAGAUGAAGUUUUUGAGGUGACAAUUCUCUACAAUAUGGUGCAGCAAUUAACUCUAAAGCUUUUUCACACUGAAACACAUGUGGAACUUAUACUCACACUGGUUUAUGCUAAAUGUGAUCCUAUAGAAAGGAUAGAACUGUGGGAUUCCCUAUAUGCAAUGGCAACAGAUAUGACAAGUCCAUGGCUAGUGGGAGGAGAUUUCAAUGUCAUAUGGGAUGAGGGAGAAAAAUUUGGAGGACUACCUUACCUAGGAUUUAAAGGGAGCAUCUAUACAUGGUGGAAUGGAAGAUCAGAGGAAGACUGUAUAUUUAAAAGAUUGGACAGGUGUCUUGGAAACAUGGAAUUGCAGCAGACAUUCCCUGGCCUUGAGAUCACACACUUAUCCAAGACAGGGUCUGAUCAUUGCCCCAUGUUGCUGAAGUGUGACAUAGAGGUUGAACCUAUUAAGAAGCCUUUUAGAUUUCUUAAUUUCUGGACAAAACAUGAAAAUUUUAAGGCAGUGGUUAAGGAGAAUUGGUCUGCUGAUUUUGCUGCAAAUCCAUUCAUCAUGUUUAAUCACAAGUUAAAAAAGUUAAAGAAGAUUCUGUCAUCAUGGAGCAGAUCAACCUAUGGUGACAUUUUUCAAAAGAUAGCAAGCUUAGAGGAGGUGGUCCUAGUACAUGAGAAACAAUUUGAGGCAGUUCCAACUCAGAUGAAUAGGGAAAGGUUACAUAAAGUCAAGGCAGAAUUGAUUAGAUACCUGGCAUUGGAGGAGGAAUUUUGGAAACAAAAAGCAGGAAUGGCAUGGUUCAAAGAUGGGGAUAGAAAUACAACUGGAUAG